AUGUUAUUUAUCUACUUUUUUUUAAAAAUCAAAAAUUUAGAGUCAAGCCCGGGUUCACCCUGCCAAUAUUCACAACAAUGUGCCCUUCAAGAGCCAGGCUCCUUUUGUCGUCGUCUUAUCUGUCAAUGUCCAUAUGGAAUGCAAGUAAGCGCUGAUGGCAGGAAUUGUGUCUUCACUGAUAGAAAUUGUACUAGACGAGGGGAGAUUUGGAUAUCUGAAAUUGGUCAAUGCAAACUUACUGUAUUACCUGGUUCUGGCCUUUGCACUCACUCUAUGCAAUGCUCAGCUGUUGUGCAGGGGGCUCAAUGCGUUUUGGGGAAAUGUGUAUGCCCUCCAGAAUUGCCUAUUGCUAUUGACGGGACUUGUGGAGAACAAUGCCCACAAGGACAAGCUUUUUCAAGUGUAACAGGCAGCUGCCUGCCAACUGUUCAACCCGGCAGCGAAUGUUAUUACUCUAGCCAAUGUCACGCUGUUUAUCCUGGAAUGCUUUGUAGCUUGAGUCGUUGUCGAUGUCCAAAUGAUCAAGUAUUUUCUGGGAAUCGUUGCAUGCCUUGCUGCCGAACAAACCAAAUAGAACAUCAAGGACAUUGUAUUGACAUUGUCGGGCCUGGACAAGCCUGUUUAGUUAAUAGACAAUGUGCAGGUGGCUCUCAAUGUAUAGAUGCCCAAUGUCAAUGUCCAAUUAGUAUGGUUAACAAUAAUGGAGUUUGUGUGCCUGUCCGUGCAGCCCCGCACGAAUCCUGUACUCGUGGACAACGCUGUGUUGGAGGAUCUAGUUGUAUGGAUGGAAUAUGUUUAUGUCCGACAGGAACAAGCCCUUUAAACGGUGUUUGUGUUACUAGAAUGACUGGCGAGAAAAUUUUGAAAUAA